AUGGCGAAUUUCCUCAUAAACGCUGCUGGUAUAAUUGCAAGUAUUGCCGUUCCUUUAGCACAAUUGGCAAAGGAGGAACAGGGCGCAACUACUAGCUUUUCAAUCGGCAUUGGCGGCGCAAUCGGAAAUUAUCCAGGUUUCAACGCGGAUGGUAGUGUGCCUCACGUGGCUUUCUGGGAUGUCAAUGGUGGCAGGAUUGGCCAGUACAAGGGCGACGCAAAUGGCCACCUUAACCAGAACUUGGAUUGGUCGCAGUCUAUCAGCAACGAUCAGACAGAGCCCAAAGGGUCCCCCGCUCAGCCAGAGUACAUCAGCGUAGUGGCGGAAGAGUCAGAUGCAGUUUGCAUAUCCUACAUCUAUGCCUCUGGAAACGGGGCUCAGUAUGCCUGGUACGGUGAUAUGGGUUGGACUUGUGGUGCCGAUUGGCAUUACAGCAACUUUACCGUCGGAGACGGCCAUUACCAACCAAAGUGCGUUUGGAUCGAUUCUGACCAUUCCAACGGUCUCCGAUUCCAAGGCCUGAGCCUUCAUUUUCCGGACUUUACAGCCUCCCAAACAGGACAACAGGAUGAAUACAACAACAACUUGGAUACGCUUUGCAAGAGUGAUCCAAGAAUGAAGUUCUGGCCAGGCAUCGUUCCCGACGAUGAGACACCAAUUUUCAGGCCGCCUUUGGUAUACAACCCUGAUGGAUCGGAUGCCAACCCCAGUCUCGUCAUCAACAAAAGCAAGAGGAGUUCUAUUGAGUCUUCUCGUCCAUUCAAGCGAGCUGGUCUACCAGGUCGACACCUUGGUGCCGGUCACUUAAUUGUUAGUCAUUUCGAAAGUCACAGCGCGAAGGACCUUUGUGAGAGUGCAACAUCCAUUGGCGCUGAUUUUGUCUCUAUGAUUGAAGGAAUAUAUUGCGAUAUGGCUGUGAAAGAAUGGUGGUACUUGUGCUCGACUUCGAUGGUAACUGGCUGCUUCGACCUCACCAAAAAGGCAAUGGUGGGAAAUGUGCCAGGGAUUGCGGCGAAUGGAACAGCCACAGCCAUUAACGGGAGAGUCAUACAAAGCAGAGACACUGCAUCAGGAAGACUCAUUCCCGUUAAGUCUUACGACACAUCGGUUACAUGGGGCUAG